UUUUUUUUUUUUUUCAAUUUUCUUUGUUUGGGGGAGCGGAAGGUAGAAAGAGAAAUUGUUGUUAUCGUUGUUGGGGUGUGGAGGAGGAUUGUUAAUCUAGAUAGAGAAGCUUCCACGGUUGAGUCUAGGAGAGGGAGAGGAAGAGGAGGAGGGAGAGAGAUUUUCUUUUUUCCCUGAAAUUCCUUUUCUCUACUCUGUUUGGUUCUCUGAAACGGAGGAGACAGGAAAGGAGACGUCUUCUUUCGUGGGAUUUGAUUUGUUUCCUUCCAUUAUCUCUGGAGCUUCAAAGACGCAGAAGAGGAAGAGGAAGAGGAAGAGGAACUCAGAGUUGGGUCUUCUUUUUGGAGGUUGGGGUAGAGAAGAUAUAGAUAGCCAUGCAUGUUAUGCGUCGCCUUAAGAGCAUUGCUUCUGGUCGCUCAUCCAUUUCUGAUCCCGGGACCCAGGCAUUGGAGGGGGCAUCAACAACCAAGGAGACCAUAGUUGUCAAGGGCGGGGAUUCUGGAACAAAAAAGGCAAAAGUUGAUCAAGAAAUGGAGCAGUAUGUUACUAGGGAAUCUCAAUCAGUGGAGAAAUUAACCACAGAGCUUGAGCAUCACAUGGCUUCUACCACUCUUGAAGCCGCUGCAGGGACAUCUCAUAUAUCUGCUAUUUCUGAGACUGAAAAGUCUGGUUAUGAUCAGCUCCCAAGAGAAAUGCAUGAACUGAAGAUAAGAGAUGAUAAAGCUGAUAGCCAUGACGAGAAGCAGGAUAUAGAAGCCAUUCUGGUGCAUGGUAAUGGUACAGAGACUGGUCAGAUAAUUGCCACAACAAUAGGUGGUCGAAAUGGUCUGCCAAAACAGACAAUUUCAUAUAUGGCAGAACGUGUGGCCGGCACUGGUUCAUUUGGUGUUGUCUUUCAGGCAAAGUGCCUGGAAACAGGUGAAGCAGUUGCUAUAAAGAAGGUCUUGCAAGACAAAAGAUACAAAAACAGAGAACUCCAAAUCAUGCAGUUGCUUGACCAUCCUAAUGUGGUUAAUCUGAAGCACUGUUUCUAUUCUACUACUGAAAGGAAUGAGGUUUACCUUAACCUUGUCCUGGAGUAUGUGCCUGAGACAGUUUAUCGUGUUUCAAAGCACUAUACCAGGAUGAGUCAACAUAUGCCCAUAAUCUAUGUGCAGCUUUAUACUUACCAGAUCUGCCGUUCCCUUAAUUACGUUCAUAGCGUUAUUGGUGUGUGUCAUCGUGACAUUAAACCACAAAACUUAUUGGUUAAUUCCCACACUCAUCAACUAAAACUAUGUGAUUUUGGAAGUGCAAAAAUGUUGGUGCCUGGUGAACCAAAUAUAUCAUAUAUUUGUUCACGGUAUUAUAGAGCACCUGAACUGGUCUUUGGCGCUACGGAAUACACAACUGCAAUUGACAUGUGGUCUGUUGGUUGUGUACUAGCUGAGCUUCUCCUUGGACGGCCUCUAUUUCCUGGAGAAAGUGGUGUUGAUCAGCUGGUGGAAAUCAUUAAGGUUCUGGGGACACCAACCAGAGAAGAGAUCAAGUGCAUGAAUCCAAACUACAGAGAGUUCAAGUUUCCCCAGAUCAAAGCACACCCGUGGCAUAAGGUCUUUCACAAGCGGAUGCCUCCUGAGGCAGUUGAUCUUGUAUCAAGGCUGCUCCAGUAUUCACCAAAAUUGCGUUGCACUGCUUUGGAGGCAUGUGCACAUCCAUUCUUCGACGAGUUGAGAGAUCCAAAUGCACGCUUGCCAAAUGGACGCCCGCUUCCACCAUUAUUCAACUUCACACCACAAGAACUAGCUGGUGCAUCUCCUGAACUGCUUCAGCGUGUCAUUCCUGAGAAUGUGAAGAAAUAAAAUUCUGAAUUGCCGGUAUGAUUCUGGUAGUAGUUAGUAUGUAUGGGCUUAGAGGUCAAAUGGCCUGUAUUGGCCUUGUUGCUUGCUGUGCUACCCCGGAUCCAAAACCCGCAGCCUUUGUCCUGGAGAUAGGACAUGAAAGAAGCAGACAAUGAAGACAGUUUGUAGACGGGAGAGAUCCUUUUCAACUGGAGGUUCUAAAUGAAUUGAUGGAGUUAUGAGGUGCACGGAAUGCAAAUUGCGAUCAAGGUUCAUACCACAAUUUAUAUAUACCAUGUAUUAUUGUUACAUAACUAAUGUGGAGACACAAGUACACACUAGGACACACCUGCCAAAUCUUAGCGGGCACUAUUGUUGCUGUUUAGCUUUACACGCAACUGUACUUCUCUAGUAGUAUAUAGUUUUAUCAGAGUUUGUAGAGGUGGAGCAGCAAGAUUCUGAGAACCUUCUGAUGGUGGGGGACUUUGGGUGUGGUGAUUCAUCUGCAGGUUUAUCUGCAUAUGGGAAGUUCAGGUUUUCAAUUUCCCUGGGAUUGCAUGGGAAAUGCAAUCCCCUUCCCUCUUUUGUAUUUAACCAGUGUGUUUCUUUGUUUGUUCAUUGUCAUUGUCAUUCUCUAUUCCAUUGUUUUUUAGCUUACAGUUAAAUACUCUCCUGCAGCUAAAGAAAGUAACUUUGGGUUGUUAGUACAGUUUAAUACUCAUGAUCACUACCUGUUGAUAA